AUUGAACUGCAUCCGUAUUUGACUCAACAAGCAAUGGUUGAUUAUUGUAAUAGCAAGGGUAUCGUGGUAACAGCUUACAGUCCGCUAGGCUCACCAGACAGGCCUUGGGUAAGAGAAACUGAUCCAUCUUUGAUGGAUGAUCCAAUGGUUCUGGAAAUUGCAAAUCGCUACAAAAAGAGUCCUGCCCAAAUUCUCAUCCGUUUUUCAAUCGAACGUGGCAUCGUCGUUAUACCAAAGAGCGUCACUCCAGCACGAAUCCAGGCUAAUUUUGAAGUAUGA